UCGAGGAUGGCGUCCAAGCUCACCAUCUGACAGUUCUAUCUUCCAUCCACUGCUUGUGAUUCCUGAAAAAAUGGCUUCACAGGUACAACAUGGAGGCGCUUGGUUGCCUGUCCCGGUGGUGGUGAUAGUGCAGGUAGCGUUCGCCGCGAUGAACGUGCUCACCAAACAGGUUCUGGACGCCGGAAUGAAUCGGUUCGUCUUCAUCACUUACCGGCAGCUCGUCGCCACCAUCUCCGUAGGCCCAAUUGCGUACUUUGCCGAAAGGCAUAAGAGGCCCAAGCUGACUGGCAGCAUCUUCUUGCUGCUUUUCUUGAGUGCUUUGCUUGGGUUGACUCUUACUCAGUACUUCUUCUUCUUCGGGCUGCAGCACACCACCGCUACAUUCAGCUGCGCCUUCGUCAACAUGAUCCCUGUGUUGACCUUCAUAAUCGCACUUCCGUUUGGCAUGGAAACUGUGAACAUCAAAAAGAUGGCAGGGGUGUUCAAGGUGGUGGGCACAGUGGUCUGUGUUGGUGGCGCAAUGCUUCUCACUCUUUAUAAAGGCAAAGCGCUGACUCACCCCUCAGCCAAUUUGGUACAACAAGCUUCAAAGAGUUUGGUUGAAUUGCAGAAGGGUUGGCUUCUUGGUUCCCUCUCCUUACUUGGAGGCAGCUUUGCCUGGUCAUCGUGGUUCAUAGUGCAGGCUAAGAUUGCCAAGUCUUACCCUGCUCUGUACUCCAACAAUGCUAUUGUCUCCCUGUUAAGCUGCAUCCAGUGUGCUUCUUUCACUUUGCUCUUCCACAGGGACCCCUCUUUAUGGGCACUUCGAGGAAGACUCCAACUUAUCACAAUCCUUUACACUGGAGCUGUCUGCUCUGGGCUGGCCUACAUCAUGAUGGCAUGGUGUGUGGAGAAGAGGGGCCCUCUCUUCACUGCUGCGUUCAGCCCUCUCAUUCAAGUGGUUGUGGCCAUUAUUGAAGUCCUCUUCUUGCAUGAGCAGUUGCACCUAGGAAGUGUCAUAGGGUCUGUUGUGGUGGUUAUUGGUCUUUAUUUGUUGUUGUGCGGGAAAAGCAAAGACAACGAGUGCCGCACAGCAAAACAGACGCAAGCCAUCAAUGAGAAUCCAGCAGCAGAGCUGGUCUGAUGUUAAAAUUUGUCUUUUAACCUUCUUUGGUCAAGCAUGUAUAUUAGUUGAAGUGCCAUUAUCAACUGUUUUAUACGGAAGGAUGACCGGCAAGAUGUUCCUAUUUUCUA